AUGUCCACUGGACUACGAAUAGCUAUAAUUGGGGCAGGUAUUGGUGGCCUUUCUCUCUCUGCAGCAUUGGGAUUUAUGAGCCAGAGGGACGAUUUGCAAAUCGACAUCUACGAAAAUGCACCCUGUAUUUCGGAUAUUGGCGCAGGAAUUAGCAUAUGGCCCCGAACGUGGGUAGUUGCGAAAGCGAUGGGCCUCCAAGAACGCUUGCUUUCCUUCCUUCCCGCUCCCCCUAAUGAUUCCCCUAGUUGCAUAAUGCGAGUCCGAAAGUCAGACCAAGCUCAAGGUUUCCAUGUGCGCGAUAUAUUACAGAAUGGGGGGGCUAUGCGCUUUCACAGAGCUGAUCUACAGCACGUUCUGAAGGAGUCCAUGUACGGUCAAUUGCACCUAUCUCAUACACUUACUUCGUAUGAAGAUAAAGGCGAUGAGGUCUUACUCAAAUUCGCAAAUGGUACCAUAGCGACGUGCGAUUUUCUCAUUGGAUUCGAUGGAAUCAAUUCUGUUGUGCGGAAAGGCCUCGUUCACAAUCGUGGUGGCAUCGAUUUGCCCUCUUUGAACCCGGUCUGGUCAGGAAGCAUUGCUUAUCGUGCGCUCAUACAGAUGGACAAAUUAAAAGAAGUGUCUCCAGACCAUAACGCACUGAGUGUUCCGAUGUUGUAUUCCGGAAAAUCAAAGCACAUUGUCACUUAUCCAAUAUCCCAAGACAGAAUUCUCAACAUUGUUGCAUACGACACUGAUGUUUCCAAAAUAGGAACUACCUACAACGGCGCGACGGCGCUCCCUUCUACACCAGCAGAACUAUUAUCUGUCUACCGAGAGUGGGAAGAAGAAGUACAAACCAUACUGCAGUGUGUUUCAAGUGUAACAAAAUGGAUUGUACGAGACCUGGUGCCUUUGAAUCACUAUUCUUUCGGCAGAGUAGCAAUUGCGGGCGACGCAGCACACGCCAUGACUCCACAUCAGGGCGCUGGUGCAGGUCAAGCAAUAGAGGUUGGUAAUAGAUUCCUUCUUUUUCUUAUGACAAUAAACCAAAUAGCGAUUAAGGACGCGUUCAUCUUGGCGAGCUUAAUCGCCGAUCCGAAAUGCACAAGAAAUAAUAUUCAUCAAGUGUCCGAAAUCUAUGAUAUAGUAUCCUGUCCUAGGGGUAACCGAGCCAUGACACUAUCAAGACUCACCGGAGAGUUGUGUGAUCUUAUCGCCCCUGGGCUUGAAGACUCCCACGAUGAUAUCCUGGAAACUGCUUUCCAACGCUACGAGGAAGGACUGCGCUGGACUCGCGAGGAUAUCCCUUAUGAAAAUCAAGAACAAGCUCUCAAUAUGCUACAUAUACUUUUAAAGGAUGUAUCCGCAUUAGAAGCGACGGCUACUGUAGCCUCUAGCCUUCUUUCUGCUCCUGCCAGUAUGCCAUUAACUGCGCCACCCUCCCCCGUUUCUACAUCUUCUCCGCAUACGUCAAGCACUCCAGCACCCAUUAUCAGUGGCGUUAGCUUCCCACCUGUAGGAUCCAUCCCCAAGGAUUUUUCUCCUGCUGGUUUGGAAAGAUUGUGGGAUGUGGUUGGCCCAGUAGAGCCGCCUCCAUUCACAACGACACGAGUCCCAAAGACCCCAGUAGUACUCCCAUCUGCACCUCCUGCGCUCUAUCCUUCGUGGUUUUCUCCUGCGCCGGCUGACAUCCUGACCAACUUGACGCUACCAAAAGGAUUUUUGUUCGGAGUUGCUACCGCUGCUUAUCAAGUUGAAGGAGCAGCAAAAAGCGAAGGAAAAGGGCCUACUUUGUGGGACUGGAAUAGUCGACAACCCAAUGGAGUUGCAGACAAUACCACAGGGGAUAUUGUAGACCUCCAGUACUUUUUAUACAAGGAAGAUGUGGCUCGCGUAGCUGCCCUUGGAGUAAAUGCACACUCAUUCUCAAUUUCAUGGGCGCGUAUAUUUCCGUUUGGAACUGCAGACUCUCCUGUGAAUCAAGAGGGACUCAAGCAUUACUCAGACUUGAUUGAUUACCAUAUCGCUUCUGGUAUAGCACCUGUGGCGACGUUGUUCCAUUGGGAUACACCAUUAGCUCUACAGGCCUAUUAUGGUGGAUUUACUUCCCCCAAAAUCGUGGAUGAUUUCGUCAACUACGCAAAAACCGUCUUCAAAGCGUACAAUGGAAGAGUAAAAACAUGGUAUACAUUCAAUGAACCUCGUGUUUUUUGUAGUCAAGUCGCUGGAUAUCCCUUUAAUAUAUCAUUCGCACCUGGAGUAAACGCUUCCACCGCUCCUUACCAAUGCUCGUACAAUUUGUUACGAGCGCAUGCAGGGGCAGUCAAAGCCUUCCGAGAGUUGGGCAUUCAAGGAGAAAUUUCAUUCAAGAACGACGAUUUUGUCGGUAUUCCAUGGCGUGCCAAUAACACGGAAGAUGUACAAGCGGUUGAACGUCACGCAGCAUUCCGCAUUGGUGCUUUCUCUAACCCUGUUUAUACCACUGGAGAUUGGCCUGAAAUAAUGACGGAUACUCUACCUCCAUCAUUUCUUCCACGUUUUACGGAACAGGAAAAAAAAGAUAUCAAAGGGACGGCGGAUUUCUUUGCGACAGACGCGUACAGAACGCAAUAUGUUGUGGCUCCUCCAGACGGUCUUGCUGCAUGUAUCUCCAAUUCAUCUCAUCCAUUAUGGCCAGAGUGCCAUGAUGUCGUUGAAUUCGAUUCAAAUGCAGGCUGGGCAGCCGGUGUCUCUCCCGAUCCUGCAAGCAGUUGGCUCCAAGCCACACCAAAUUUCCUGAGGGCAUCUUUAAAGGAUCUUCAGGCUCGUUGGCCCACCAAAAAGAUGUAUAUCUCUGAGUUUGGGUUCGUUGAGCCUUUCGAGCAGCUUCGGACGGAGCUUUUCCGAAUCACAGAAGACGUAGCACGUACCAACUAUUUUAUGUCAUACUUGGGAGAAGUACUACUUGCCAUUCACGAGGACAAUCUACCAAUUGCAGGCAUCUUUGCUUGGGCAAUGAUCGAUAACGCCGAGUGGAGUAGCGGAACAUCAGCAAAGUUCGGUAUCCAAUACGUCAAUUACACGACUCUGGAAAGACAGUACAAACGGUCUGCUUUAUCCUUGGCCGAAUUCUUUAAAGGCCGCCUGCAAAAAUAA